CAUAUAUGCAAUUAAUUAUCGCUUAACAUAACAGAUGAGACCGAGUGUUUCAAAUUUUCGACCGAUAUACAUAGAUAUUGAAAUGCAUACAAAGCACGGUUGCUUAGCAACUUUGCACACACUUUAGUAACAGUGUCUAUUAACAACAGAAUUCCAGCUAUUACAUUUUCAGAAUCAUUAAAAUAAUAUAAUAUAUACCACGUUACUGGAAUUCUAUAAAUUUUUACUUACCUGCAAUCUCAAGAAAUUAUGGCAGAAGAAUUAUUAAAGGCACAUUUGUAUUACGAUGAUAUCCAUAAAAUAAGAGUUCUGGAAACAACAAUUCUCAAAGAAACUGAUGACGUAAAAGAGACCAGCAAAGAUUAUGAAACUAAAGUUCAGGAAUUUGGAAAAAUAAUUAAUUCAUUAUUAGAAGUAUUAAGAGAAUUAGGUGACAAUGUAGAAAAACAAAAAAUGGCAGCAAUUGGUGCCACAAAUCUUCUGAAAUCAAUCACUAAAGAAAGAGAAUCAGAACAAGCAAAAUUGCAAGCGGAAAUUAACGACAAGACAAUGAUAUUAGAACAACUAGACAGUGAAUAUGAUGCAUUGCAGAUUUUGGAGGCAACUCAAGUUGAAACUAUAGAGUAUUUAACACAGCUUAGAUAAUUAUGAAAUUUUUAAUAGACACUUGUAGCACUUGUAUUCUCUAUAAUAAGAAUAUAUAUAUAUCUUUCAAGCAGUUGAUAUGAUAGAAUAGAGAUAUGCACAUAAUUCUUUUUUUUUUAUUUACUAGAGAAAGUAGAUUGUGCAACCAAACUUCUCUAGUAGUACUGUGUAAUACAUAUAUGUAUCUUGUAGGCAAAAAUAGAAAAUACAAACAUUAAAUAGAAGCGAUAGGACCCAUUAUACUAAAACCAAAUUCAGUCUGUAAAAAUGUAAUUUUCAGUGAAACACACAUUAUAAUGUAAACAGUUUCUACUAUAGAAUUGUAAAUUAAUGGAUUAUCUGCAUAAUUUAUUUCUGCACCAUCCCAUAGAAUUAAGAAUGUAAGAAACUGGAAUUAUGAACAUAAUUAUGUAGUAGUGUAAUUAUUAUUUUUACAUUACUGCCAUUACAAAAAUAUAACUACUUAUUACUACAGUGUAACACAGAUAAAUAAUUGAAAUAUACAUUCCCUUGAUUCCGAUUUUAAUUUAUAGAACAAAUAUAAUUUAUGUAGGAACAUGCCAAUGUCACACACAUAUUGUGUAUAAAAUCAUAUAAUAAAUUGAUGUCAUAAAUGAAGAUUUUCGAUUUAUUUAUGUCAAAUAAGUACAUUUUUGGUCUAAUAUUAGAAUAGUGAGAAACCAGAAGAAUAAUCAAUUAAAAAAAUUAUACUAAAUUAAAAUAUAGUAAGUUCUCAAUUAAAAAGAUUCUUCAAAGAUUUCCAUACUCAAUGUCUUAACAUUAUCGAAAAAAAAAUGAACAUAAAUUACAUAAUACACUCUCCCAUUCUAAAUAUUCCGCUUUUAGAACGUAAACCAAGGCAUAAAUGUGCUAUGCUUUUGCUUGACAUACAAAUGUUUUAAUCUAUCAGUGGCCGUUAAAAAUGGCACAUAAUUGUUUACACUUUUUUUUUAUUUAUCCUCAAGGUCCA